AUGGCUCAUACGUUAGACAAAAAAUCAAGUCUCAGAAGUCUUAACUUCCAUUUAAAGAAAAAACACAGUAAUAAUGUUGGCGGGGACGACGAUAAAAAUAAAUCCAGUUUUAAACAAUCGGUAUCGGCACUUAUGAACAAAUGGAAAGAUAUCUUUAAAUCCAUUACACAUAAUACAUUGGAUGAAUUGGAGACAUAUUCAUCUGAUGAACAGAUUGAUGCUAUGUUCCGUAGGAAUAAGAAGGACGCCAACGUAGUCAAAUUUAACAAAAUAUUAAAUGAGAGAGAUAGUGGCGCAUCAUUAUCUCAAUGUAACCCUGUCACUAGUUCUCAAUUAGAGAUGAAAUUGACAGACGAAAGAAGCACAGAAAAUGCAACAUCGGUGAGUGCAAGUAAUGCAACGCAGGUGAAAGAUAUUGACGAAGAAAUGAAUUCUGAUGAUAAUGAAGAUGAAGAAGAUGAAACUUUCGAUAAUUAUGAUGAUGUUCAAGCUUGUCGAUUAUUAAGAAGUGAAAAAGGUGAACCGUUUGUGGAUGCCAUUGAAAUAUGGAAAUAUAGAAGAGAUCUAUGGCAAAAGAGAACCACUGACGUCACAAAGGAAGAUAUUGAUGAAAGAAGAGAAGAGUUUCAACAAAUUCCAUCCGAAUAUUACGAUAGAAUAUAUAAAAAAUUGGUAAUAGAAGAUAAACCACUAAGGGAACCAUUAAAUCUUCAAGAUGCAUUAAAGGUCAUUAAUUCGGGCUGGACUGAAACUAAAAAAUGGGAAAGAGCAGCUAAUGGUAUUGCAUAG